AUGGAUGGUGAUAUUACAGGAGCACUUAAUUUCUUUAGUCACACAAUCGAUGGUUCUCCUCCAUGGAUGGAUGGGAACCCUAAGUUGGGCUGGCUAAGCUCGAAUUUUGCACAAACACCAGUACGAAUUACCAUUCACGAUCUGCGAGGUAAAGAGAACAUUAUCGAUCUUGACACUAAUGGCUUUGAAAUACUCAAAUAUGAUGGUGAUAUACAUGAUGAAUUCAAUGAUAAUAGUGAAACCCAACAACAUUAUUAUGAAGAAAUUACUAACGUGUUGAAAAAGCGUUUAGAUGCCUCUGGUGUAAUCAUCUACAAUCACAUAACACGUUAUCGAGGACCACCACGUCCGGCCGAUCAAUGCGAUUUGUCCCACAGGAAUCCUGUCUUCUAUCCACAUGUAGAUUAUGAUCCACCUGCUGCUCACUUUAAAAUCAAACAAAUGCUUGGCGAAGAAGUGGCUAACAGAGUAAUGUAA